UAGUCGAGCCACCUCACCGAUCCCAUGUAUAAUAAGACUACUGUUUUUGAGAGAAAGGAAGAGACACAGCCUCUCAGGCUUGGCCAUUCCUUCUCGCCAAUCGUCAUUAUGAGAUUCUCCGAUCAGCGAGAUGGUCAACACCGAUCGUGGCUUGUGCGACUGAAGUGGGCCCGGCGAAGUGGCCGGUCAUUCCGCCGGGCUAUCCUCCACCGCUCCAUGUGUUUCAAAGUCCCAUGCGGAUAUGUACAAUCCUCGUUCACUCUCAUCGACGACUCGAUCACUCGUAGACUACGUACAUGCAUUUCUGCCGUACCUCACGCUUUCUCUUCCCAAAGAAAGAACGAUACCCUACGAUACCUCAAGACAACCAAGAACAACAAGAAGUGGGUGGAAAAAAUCGAUUUUUGAGAGCUUGAUAAGGAUACCAGAUUCGAGCGGAACGCGAUGGCCGUUAAUCAAGCAGCUACAUUCUCGACGGUCUACGAUACCAUCCCGAGCGGAAAACGGCUGAAAUCUCUGACGAGGGAAGAGGUGGCCAAACAUGAUAAGCAGGGCGACCUUUGGUGCAUCAUCGAUACCGCCGUCUAUGAUCUCUCGAAAUUCGUCGACUUGCAUCCCGGAGGCGCCUUCGUCCUUCUCGACAAAAACAUCGCCGGGAAGGAUGCCACUAAGGCUUUCUUCGGCUUACAUCGUUCCGAGGUCCUGAAGAAAUACGCCCGAUACCUGAUCGGACGAAUCGAGGACGAGAAAUGCCAAGUGAUGCUUCCGAAGGAUGGCGAGCUAUCGCUCGUCCCGCAUGCCGAACCAAGCUGGCUAUCGAAAGGAUAUUCGUCGCCCUACUACAACGAAGGCCAUCGGGCGUUCCAGAAGGCCAUCCGACUGAUCGUCGAGACCCAUAUCGCUCCCGAAGCAAGGGAACAUGAACAGACCGGCAAACGGCCCACUCAAGAAUUGGUCGACCUCAUGGCCAAGGAACACCUCAAUGCUAUGAGACUGGGACCGGGCAAACAUCUUCAUGGUCUCACCCUACCCGCCGGUCUGAAGGGUGAAAAUUUUGACUACUUUCACGAAUUGAUUAUAAUUCAAGAACUAUCUCGCAUGGGGACUCCUGGAUACCUAGAUGGUUUACUAGCCGGGAUGGUGAUUGGAUUACCACCGGUAUUAAACUUUGGCUCGCCAGAGCUAAAGAAAAAGAUCAUUCCGGAGGUCUUAUCGGGGAAGAAGUACAUUGCUCUAGCGAUCAGCGAAGCGUUUGCGGGCUCGGAUGUGGCCGGCUUACGAUGCACGGCAACCAAGACGACCGAUGGCCAACAUUACAUCGUCAAUGGGACCAAGAAAUGGAUCACCAAUGGCGCCUUUGCCGAUUACUUCUCCGUCGGCGUCCGGACUGACAACGGUCUGAGCGUCCUGUUCAUCGAAAGAGGCGACGGCGUAGAGACUAAACCCAUCAAGACUAGCUACUCUUCCGCCGCUGGAACGGCUUUCAUCACCUUCGAUAACGUUAAGGUGCCCGUGGCUAACCUCCUCGGCCAGGAAAACAAGGGCCUUCCAGUCAUCUUGUCCAAUUUCAAUCAUGAACGGUGGAUGAUGUGUUGCGUUAUCAUCCGCACGAUUCGAUUUAUCACCGAAGAGUGCUUCAAAUGGACUUAUCAACGCUCCGUCUUUGGGAAACCGUUGAUUUCUCAACCGGUUAUCAGACAAAAGCUCGCCCAGAUGUUUGCCAAGUGCGAGGCCACUCAAUCAUGGCUAGAGAGUGUGACCUUCCAAAUGAACCAAAUGACGUAUGGCCAACAGGCGGAUUUGCUGGCCGGUCCGAUCGGCCUUCUGAAAGCUUAUGCGACCCGAGUUGCUCAUGAGAUAGCCGAUGACGCAGUCCAGAUUUUUGGUGGACGUGGGAUCACAGCUACCGGAAUGGGUCGGUUUGUUGAAGCCUUCCAACGGACCUAUAAGUUUGGCUCUGUUCUUGGAGGAUCAGAAGAAAUCAUGUUUGAUCUCGGUGUUCGUCAAGCUAUGCGUAAAAUGCCACCGGCUGUACUGUAGAAGAACUCCAGGCUUUCGUGUGAGCUUACGAUCGAUGCUAAUGAUGACAGGUUCUAGUAGCAGGACAACAGCUUCUUGGGAUCUUGAUAGAGGGACAACUGAUUGGACUGCAUAUGUUCUCAAAUUGAUUGUUGAGGAAAUUGAAUACAAUGUACCCGCUCAGACUACUUUGUGUCUAAUCCGUUCAACGAAAAGAGAGAGAAAGAGGCAAAGAAAAAGAAAAUAUAGAGACAUGGAGAUUCUUAUUUCAUUAACAAUGUUCAGAACAUUGUAACUCUCCCAACAUAAAGAUGUGAAUUCGUGGAACUUUGCGAAGGAAUAGGCAAUCAAUAAUCUUGAAGACAAAACCAAGCACUGAAAUCAAUAUGACAUGAAGAAAUGGGAAGUUUGUUCUGCCAAAAAGUAUUUUAAGUAAUUAUGGGAUCAGCAAAAUGAUAGAGGAGCAGUUGACACCUAAUCUAC